AUGGCCGCCCAAUCCAAGCUUCGUCAAGAUCCAAAGGGCUGGCUCGCACAGCUUCUCAAUCCUCAACAGAGAGCAAAGCAAGGUCUCGGCCUCGUCGCUGUCCUCAUCCUCUUCUCGCUCCGCAAGCAACUCAAUCACUUCCUUCAUCAGCAGAACAUUCGCAAGCUCGCAACCUCCGGCAGGACAGAUCUCGACGUCAACGAUGCCUUGAAGCAGGUCUACGUUCCCAAGCCAGACGGCUCCCGCGAUCUCCUCGUUCCCAACCGAGGUCGCGUCUCGAAAGUGCCCAUCAAGCCAACCAAGUCACGCACCUUUGACGCUGACUAUGCCGUUUUCCGCCAGCUACCGCCCACUUCCGACGCCGGUGUGGCCAACGCCAAAAAGAAGCAGCUCACCGAAAAAGAAACACAACGCUCCCAGAUCGAAGAUGCCAAAGCGAUGCGCGCCGAGGGAGGCGCCGCUGCUGCUACAGCCAAGAAGGUCGGCGUCAACAAAGAGUUCUUCCGUCAGCUCAAAGCCAUCUUCCGCAUCCUCAUCCCGCGCAGGAACAGCAAGGAGGUCUUCAUCUUCCUCCUUCACACCUCCUUCCUCGUCCUUCGAACAUACCUUUCCAUGCUCGUCGCGCGUCUCGACGGUAUCAUUGUUCGUGAUCUCGUCUCUGCCAAUGGUCGCGGCUUCUUGCGAGGGCUUGGUCUCUGGUUCCUGCUUGCCAUCCCUUCCACCUACACCAACUCCAUGAUCCGUUUCCUCCAGUCCAAACUCGCCAUCGGCUUCCGCACUCGCCUCACAAGAUACGUCCACGAUCUCUAUCUCAACGACAAGGCCAACUUCUACCGCAUCAUCAACCUCGACGGUCGUCUCGAUGCUGCCGAUCAGUACAUCACCACCGACAUUGCACGCUUCUGCGAGACGCUCGCCGCCCUCUACUCGAAUGUCUCGAAACCGGUGCUCGACCUCGUCAUCUUCAAUUACGCUCUCAGUCGAUCCUUGGGACCCAUGGGCAUUCUCGGACUCUCUACCAACUACCUCUUCACCGGCUGGAUUCUGCGACAGGUCACGCCCGCUUUCGGCAAGCUGGCUGCCAUCGAAGCAAAGCUCGAGGGUGACUUCCGUUCCGCACACAGUCGACUCAUCACAAAUGCAGAGGAGAUCGCUUUCUACAAUGGCGCCUCUAUUGAAGCCGGCAUUCUCAACCGCGCCUACAUCCGUCUCGUCCGUCACAUCGACAGCAUCUUCAAGAUCCGCAUCGCAUUCAACAUGACCGAAGACUUUGUGUUGAAGUACGCAUGGUCGGCCGCAGGAUACGUCAUCAUUGCGGCUCCCUUCCUCUUCGGUCAGAAGCAGCCCGCAGCCGCCGAGUCGUCCGACGCAGCGGCUCCUGCGCCCAAGCGUCGAGAAGUGGACAGCACCGUCGCAUCCAAGACCGAGUCGUACAUUUCGAACCGUCGUCUGCUCUUGUCGCUCGCCGAUGCGGGAAGUCGACUCAUGUACAGCUACAAGGAGCUCGCCGAGCUGGCCGGUUUCACGAGUCGUGUCUACACGCUCAUCUCGACGCUGCACUUGCUCAACAAGGAGCAGUACCAGGCCAUGCCCCGCCCUGUCGAUCUCCCCGCAGACAAGCCUUUCUACGAUCUCGGUCAGAUCCAGGGCAAGGUGGACGUGGGUGCAGAGACGGUUGCCUUCGACAAGGUACCCAUUGUCGCACCAGCGCCAGGACUGGAACGCGGAGGCGAAGAGCUGGUCAAGGACCUCACCCUCCGCGUCAAGCCGGGCGAGCACAUUCUCAUCACAGGUCCCAACGGUGUGGGCAAGACAGCCGUCGCCCGUGUUGUUGCUGGCCUCUGGCCCGUCUUCCAGGGUCACUUGGAACGACCCUCGAUCAACGAUAUCAUGUUCUUGCCGCAGCGCCCUUAUCUGUCCGUUGGCAGUCUGCGCGAGCAGGUCAUCUACCCAUUCACAUACCCAGAGCACGAGGCAUCUGGCAAGACUGACGACGACCUGCUUGCCAUUCUCAAGGACGUGCACCUCGCCUACCUUCCCAGCCGAGAAGGUGGAUGGGAGACGCGUAAGGAGUGGAAGGACGUGCUGUCGGGAGGUGAAAAGCAGCGCAUGGGUAUGGCGCGUCUGCUCUACCACCGACCCAAGUUUGGUAUCCUCGACGAAUGCACCAGCGCUGUCUCAACGGAUGUCGAGGGCCUCAUGUACGCCAAGGCCAAGGAGCUCGGCAUCACCCUGAUCACCAUCUCGCACCGACCUUCGCUCUUCAAGUACCACGAGGUACUUCUGCGACUGACCGGUGAAAACGGCGCUUGGGAGACCGACUUUAUCGGUGCCGAGACGGAGCAGCUGUCGAUGGAGCACGAGAUCGAGGAUCUCGAGAAGAAGAUGGCCGAGGUGGAAGGGUGGAAGACGCGCAUUGGUGAGAUCCAGAAGGAGCUCGCAUUCAGCAAAAACUAG